CCACACCAAGUCGCCCCCCCCCCACACACACACCAUGAGCUCCAUCGAACACAACGCGUCCUGGGAGGCCAGCAACCCGAACGAGCGCCGUGACGCCAUCUCGUGGCACGCCUACACGAGCGGCAUGAAGACCGGCGCCGUCGUCGCCUCCGUCGUGGGCGCCGGCGUGCUCACGGCCAACAAGCACUGGCCGACCUUCCGCAACCGUCUGAACGCCAGUGCCAAGACGGCGCUCGUGGCCAUGUCCUUCCUGGCCUCCUUCACGGUGGAGGCCGAGAACCGCCUGGUCCGCGGCGCGCACAACCCCGACAUGUACAUGGCGACCAUGGACGGCACGUACGUGGAGCAGAAGCAGGAGGCGUCCAAGCUCAAGGCGUGGCAGCGCGCAGCCAACUUCCUGUACGACCACCCGUACCGCGCGUUGGCGACGGUGGGUGUGCCGGUGGUCGGCAGCAUCUACGCGUACCAGCACCUGAACAAGGGCAUCUCGUCGUCGCAGCAGAUCAUGCACACGCGUAUCUACGGCCAGGCGUCCGUUGUUGUGCUGCUGCUGAGCUCCAUGGCGUUCCACGACUUCAUGGCCAAGCGCGGCAAGUACGGCGAGGAGAAGGAGGAAGAGGAGGCCCGCGCCUAAGGUGACGAGGCAGUCAAGC